UCGAGAGGGAAUUCAUUUGGGAAGCAAGAACUAGUCGUUAUUAGCCAUUAGGAGGGCCCCACACAUCUGAAUUCAAUCGGAAAUUCAAAAAAGGUGGUAUCUGCGUAAUUAAUUAAUUUAAGGGGUGAUAAUUUAAAAUAAAUUUUUUAAUGGGUGGUUAUUUCGAAAAUGGUUCUAUUUUUGGGUGGUAAUUUACAAAUUUUCUUUUUUUUUCGAUUUUCUAGUCAAUAUUGUCUUUCAAUAUUACAAAGGAGAAAUUCCGAGUUUCUCAUAAACAAAAGGGGUAUUAUAGUUUUUUUACACUAUCUACUAGAAAUACAAAAGCCUCCUACUUAAGUGGCUUGGAAGACGUUAACCGAGCAUUAUAUUUCUCCUCGAUACUGGAGUUUGAAUUCUUCAAUAGAAAUCGACUAAAGCAAUGGAGAAAGGCAAACACCUACUAUUUGUGGUUAACCUAUGCACUUACAGUAAUUUAUACCGUAUCUUAUUAUAGGGAUAGUGUUUGAUGACGAGAACGGAAGCAAGGAGGUUGAAGAAGAUGGAAGGAAACGGAAAUUAAUGAUAAGUUAAGUUAUUAAAAUAUUUUAAAUUUUUUUUAAAAAAAUUAUUCAAAAUUAUAGUACAUAACAUUGAUGGCUCCAAAAGUCCAAAACUUCAAUUUCCCUCCCAAAAAUAACGGUAAAUGCGAGUCUACGCCACCCAAAUGAGGAGGCUCUUCCAUGCCAUCACCAUUCAAUCUCUCUUCUCCAAACGCCAACAACCACCACUUCGAGCUUCCCAACUCAACUCUUUUUCUCUCCUCCAAUCUUGCAAUUCUCUCAUUCAUCUCCUCCAAAUUCAAGCUCAAAUUCUUAAGCUUGGCCUCCAUUGCAACCCUUUAAUCCUCACAAAGUUCACCUCUAAAUCUUCUGAUCUCGACUCCAUUGAUUACGCUUCUUCCUUUCUUUUCUCCCCUGAAGCUGAUACUCGCUGUUACGAUACCUUUCUCUAUAAUACUGUGAUCAGGGGUUUUGCAAAAACAUCUGAUUUGAAGCAUUGUGCGCUGAAUGUUUACUGUUUUAUGGUAAAAAAUGGGGUUUUGCCCAAUAAUUUUACAUACCCUUUUGUUCUUAAGGCUUGUGGUGGAGUAGGGGAUUUGAAAUUGGGGAAACAGGUUCAUGGGUCGGUGUUGAAAUUAGGGUUUGAUGGAGAUUUACAUGUGGGGAAUACGAUGGUUCAUAUGUAUGGGUGUUGUGAGGGAGGAAUUGAGGGUGCACGGAAGGUGUUUGAUGAAAUGCCUGAGAGAAAUUCUGUGAGUUGGAGUGCUGUGAUUGGUGUUUAUAUGAGGUCCGGGUUGUCGGUUGAUGCUGUUGAGUUGUUUAGACAAAUGCAGGUUGCUAAGGUUUGCCCCGAUGAGUUUACAAUGGUAAUUGUUGUAUCGGCUUGUGGUGAUUUGAGUGAUCUUGAGCUUGGGAAUUGGGCUGCGUCUAUUAUAGAGAGCAAACAAAUUCGUAAAAGUGUCGAGCUUUUUAAUUCGUUGAUCAAUAUGUUUAUGAAGUGUGGUGAUGUUGAGAAGGCGAUGAGUAUUUUUAGAGACAUGAAGGAAAAGGACAUUGUAUCUUGGACUUCUGUGCUUUCGGGGUUGGGAAUGCAUGGACAUGGAAUGGAAGCUGUUUCCUUUUUUGAGGAAAUGAUAAAAGAUGGAGUCAAUCCUGAUGAUACAGCAUUUGUCAGCGUGUUGAAUGCUUGUAGUCAUUCGGGUUUAGUUGAUCAAGGUCGAUAUUAUUUUAAGUCAAUGAUGAACUAUGGUCUAACACCUAAAAUGAAACAUUAUGGAUGUAUAGUGGACUUGUUGUGUAGGGCUGGUCUUGUUAAAGAGGCACUGAAGUUUGUUGAAAGUAUGCCCAUCGAACCUAACUCAAUAAUAUUGCGAACCUUGAUCAACUCUUAUAAUGGUCAAGGUGAGGUAAAGCUUAAUGAAGUUCUCACAGAGAGGUUGAUUGGGAAUGAUCUGAUGCAUGAGGCAGAUUACGUUAUUCUUUCCAAUAUCUAUGCAAAACUGUCUAUUUGGGAGAACAAAUACACCAUCAGAGAAUUGAUGGACCGGAAGGGGAUAAAUAAGACUCCUGGAUGCACAAUGGUUUAACUAGAUAUCUAUAAAUUGCGCAAUGAAUGAAUGUGGAUAUGCAUAAGAUGUAAGAAAAACGUAGAGAAUGAUGAAAAGCUGUAUGCAGUUUGAACUUGUUGCAAAGCUUUCAUAUGAUAUGGCGAGGAUCGCAGUUUGGGACAUGCCUGGUUUAGUGAAAAGCUGGUUAAUAAUGCUUUUACUCCGAUUAUUUGUAAACAGGGGCUUCUUUCAUCAUUCCAAAAAGCAGAAUCUUCUGAUGACAAGCUAUUUAUAAGAGCUACUUCACAUCAUACAGGCAUGAUGAUUUUAUUGGGAUUCGGUCUGUAAAGUAGCUUGUGAAUUAACAGGAUUUGUGUCUAUUGAAUGUUAGAUUAUGUAGACAUUCCUGGCACACCAUUGCAAUCUAAAUUCCUUUUCAGAAGCCAAAAUGAAGGUCAGAUUUCAAUGAUAUAAACUCUACUUCAACAAGUGGAAAUUUUAUGCCCAUUUUGCAAAUUGCAAUUAUACUGUUCAUAAAUUGUAGGAGCUCUGCUCCUUCGACUCGGUGUCAAACAUCAUGAUUGAU